CUACUGCAGCCCAAGUCAGAAAAGAGUAGCCUGUGAUUUAGGACUUGCACAAUCAACACGAGUUCGCUUUUCAUUCUUUUUCACGUCAAAAAUGGUGAAGGUGCUGAAGCUUUUUUUUAUGUUUCUGCUGCCAGCUGCAGUAGCCAAGUUUGAAUUCAGUACCCCACAAUCAGAGGUGAGCACAUUUCUUCACACCAGUGUUUUUCUACCCUGUUACUUCACUGUGGCAAAAAGCAGAAAUGGCCUUAACUUUGUAAUCGUGAACUGGAGGCACAAUGAUCUGGAGCUGGCACAGUACAUGGAUGAUGAAGUGAAAACCAAAACCGGCAGAGUGGUGCUGUUGGAAAGUGAGCUACAUAGAGGAAAUGCAUCACUGAUCCUCAAAGACGUUGCCAUCAGUGAUGAAGGGAACUAUGAAUGUGAAGUCAUAGAGGCUCCAAAUAUAGCAUCGGGAAAAAUACGCCUUAAAGUUAGAGUGGUUCCUCAGCUUUCCGUGAAGCAGUCUAAGCUUGUAAUAAAUCAGACAAGUGUACUAGAGUGCCGAGCAGAAGAUUUCUACCCUGGAAACAUAUCUAUGGAGUGGAUGAGAGACUUUGAUCCGCUUCCUGCUCAGAGACCACCACUGAUUUACCACCAUCGAAAUGGUACCUUCAGCUCAGUGAUCCAGUACAACUACACCCCUACCAGUGAGGACAUUAAGGUGCCCGUCUACUGCCGGGUGAAGUAUGCACCACAAGAGCAGAAGAAUAUAACUCUCGAGAUCUGCUAUCCAGUUUUUAAUUGGUCACCAAAAACUCUGUUGAAGGGCACAAUAGUGAAUGCAACUUGUAAGCUGCUUGGGUGCCAGUUUUCCAAAGUCACUGUAAGCUGGAAUAAAGGCAAUGAACGUUUAAAUGAAACUUUCUGCAAGGAAAAGAAGGAGUGUGAGACUACAGUGGAAAUCCAGACACCCUCCACGGGACAAGAUAAAAAAGUACAAUUUGUAUGUAAGGCUGAAUUGGAAGACUUUGAGACACCACUCGUUGAACAUAUCAACUUUCCAACUCAAGGCAAGAAAUAGGCUUUUAAUUGUCUGUGUUAAUUUUUGUAGACAUCUUUGUGGAAAAAAGUGUGUGCUCUUCAGUUUUUCAAGUUCUAUCUCUUUAAGUGAGCUCUGCAAACUCUCAUUUAUACCAGACAGUAGUUUCCUCAUUUUCUUUCUUUGCUGUAAGGCCAUCUUCAAAACCAUGUAAUUUCUAGUAUGGGAUUCGCUGUUGUGCAGAUUAGCCAAGGCAGCUUCUAACUUAUAAAGUAGCUCAAUCAACAUUCGGCUACUGGUAAUUGAAUUAUGUAAAAAAAAAAUAAGAAACGACCAAUUUUUUUGUCUCCACCCAUUUUUAAUUUUAUCCGAAUUAGUUUUGGAGUAUGUGGUUCUAAUUUUAGUUAAAUGUUUUUUUUUCACUCAGUUUUAUUUAUUUUAUUCUAUUUUAUUUCAAUAAACAACAUAGCACAUGCACUUCAGAAGAGGUCAUCCACCUGAAGCUAAGCAUAUUCAGGCCCAGCCAGUGUUUGGAUAGGAGACCAUGUAGAAAAAGCGUGUGUUGCUGCUGGAAGAGGUGUUGGUGUGGCCAGCAUGGGACACUUACCCCUAUGGCCUGAAUGUGGAUCCCAAUGCCCUGUGACACUGUGCUGUAAGACGUAAAACUGAGGUCCUGACUCUCUGAGGUCAUUAAAGAUCACUUUCUUAAAUAGUAUCCCAAUGUUUGGCUAAAUUGCCCACCACGGCCUGGUCAUUCUGGCCCCCUAAUCAUCCCCUAUCUGUCACUGGCUACCAGUGAUAUUUUCAUAAUGAAAACGAGAACUAGGACUAAAAAUAUUGUUUUUCGUUUUACAAGCACGAGAACUGAAAUUAAAGCAAACAGAGAAACUAAAACUAAGUAAAAAUAAAAAUUAGUGAUUUGUAAACAAACUAAAAUGAGAAUGAAAAUUGAGUAAAAAUGAAAAAAAAAACAGCAAUCGCAUUUUCGUUCAGUCCUGUUCAGUCGUGCAGAGG